UAAGUUAUAUUUGUUAUCAACUAGUCUGACCUCCUGUAUAACACAGGCCAGAGAACUUCCCCAAAAUAACUCCGACAGCAGAUCUUUGGAAAAAACAUUCAAUCUUUAAAUAUUGUCAGAGAGGGAGAAUCCACUGUAACCCUGGGUAAUUGUUCCAGUGGUUUACUUAAUCUGUGCUAAAUUGUACGCCUUAUUUCCAGACUGAAAUUAUGUUUAAGCAUGCGAGUAAUCUCUUCCCUGUUAAAGAAAGCACUUUAAGACCGUACCUAAAUUACAUUAAAUUGAGGUGAUUGUGUUUGUUGCUUGUGUUAUUUACUGAUUGAAUGGAUGAAGUUAUUUUCUGGAAUGAGCCGAAUCAACUGAGAAAUCAACAGCGCCACCACAGAGGGAUCCAACAUAAAUUUGUCCUGGAAUAAUUCUGCUGCUAAAUAAUGAAAUCAUGAGUGAAAGUAGACAGUUCACAAUGCUGCAUAGAUUAUAGCUAUGCACAGGAAACCUGAAGAGCCCUGUCUUCCACAUGGGAGCAAGCGGAGUCAUGUGAUGAUCAGCAUGGCACCCCCAAAUCCCUGAGUCUGAGCAGAGAGAGCCUCUUCAGAGGGCCCGAGAACCCCCUCUGCUGUACUUGUUCAAGGCGCUGGUAAGCCCUUGUCUGGAAUACUGUGUCGGAUUCUAGUUGUCCAUGUUUGAAUUUAAAUUGGAACAGUUGCAGAGAAGAGAGACUAGGGUGAUUGGAAAAUGAAGGCCUAUUUUAUGAGAAGACACUAGAAGAGCUUGGCUUAUUUAGACCAGCAAAAAGAAGGCUGAGAGAGCAUAUGAUUGCUCCCUGUAAAUACAUACAAGAAAGAGGGAGGAGCUAUUUAAGCUACUGAACAAUGUUGGCACAAGAAAAAAAUGGGUGUAUACUGGCGAUGGACAAAUUUAGCCUGGAACUUGAAAGGUUUCUAACCGAGGGGUGGAGUUGUGGGAGCAAACAACUCAGUGGGUUUUAAGACCACUCUGUACAAAUUUAUGAGUGCAGUUGUGUGACAGAGUUGCUUGGCAUGAUGGGGUACAGGGCCCAACAGCCCAGGCCUCACUUUUAAUUUAUGGCCUUUGUCACCAAAUGACAUGCUCCAGGAUUGCAGCUGGCAGUUGUCAGCCCCCCCCCCUCCACCCCCAGUGUAUUCCGGGGGACUGGUGUCUAUAUUUCUCCUCAAAAGCAUCAAGAACUGCCAUGGCUGGAGAUGGGCCACUUGGCUGUAUGGGCCAGGGGCCUGGAUGGCACUGAGCAUUCUGUCACUCAGGUGCUUGCCUGACUGUUUUUUUUCUUCACAUGCUCUGGGUCUAACCAAAUGCCAUAUGAGGGGCCAGGAAGGAAUUUCCCCCCAGCAGAGGCCUUGGAAAGUUUCCCCUUCCUCUGUAACGUGUGGAUCACUUGCCAGGAUUAACUGGUUACAGGGUUAAUGGCAGCCUUCCUUCUCUCUCACCCAAAGAAGUGUCUUCACUGAGAAUCUACAGCAGCUUGGGAGUGGGGAGAAGCUGGGGCAGUGUCCGUAGACCAGUGGAGGAGGCUGCCACCUGCUGAUGAAUCAGUAAGAUUGUUAUGUGAAGAGGAGCAAUACAAUGGAUUUACUCUGCCCUGUCUGGACAGCCACGAAGACAUCAGCCUGGAUAGUAGUGUGGAAAUGGAGAUUUGCACACGUGCAGUCCGGGUUCCUGCUGUGACAGAGACUGUGGAAAGGUUGCCACCACGCAACCGUGGUUAAGCAUAAUAGAGUCACGGACUGUACACACUCUUGAGUGCUUGAGAUGGGGCAAAUGAGGUGAACUUCGAGGUUAUUCUUGUCACUUGUUGCUGGAGGCGCUUAGCCCAGGGUUGGCCUCCCUGUCACAGGUUUGACUGCCAUCUUUCCCAGUACCAGACAAUAUGGCCGAGUGAGGGCUAAGGAUGUGCUAUGGAGCCUAGAUACAACUGCUCUGACCUGUGUGACAACUACUCCAGUUGGAACAGCCAGGCGCAGAGGCAGGGGACCCUGCAGGAUCUCUGCACAAUAACAAUUGUACGUAUCUCGAUGCAAACUGGGCUGCUCUGACCUUGACUGCCAGGCUGUACGCAGAGGAAUGAGUUUAGCGGAGUUCUCUGGGGCGGAGGCACACACGAGAAAACUUUCUAGGGGAAACUUCUUCCCAGUGGGAGUGAGGUCUCCUGGCUCAGGGACGGAAGGGAGGGAGCCCCAAUACCUGGAGUCUUUAAAAUUUGUCUGGAUAAAAUUUUUAUAGAAUCUUUCCGUGAGUUAACGUGGAAGUGGAACUGGAAUGAUCUGUCCCCUCGACCUCCCACUGUUUCCAGAACUUCAAAGUGCCUUUCAAAUAUUAAUAAAGAGGGAUUUAAUUAAAAGCCACCAUCCAGAACAGAUGGGCCCUUCCCCCACCCCUCCUUCCAGCCCCGCGAGUCAUUAAGGAUGACACAGGAAUGAACUUAGCCAGCUAGGUCUAUUUUGAUAUAAUUUUGGAAGAAAAAUUAUGGGCGAAAAAUUAUGGGCUGCUCUUUCCCGUCAGGGGCUGCCCGUCAGCAUUUGAAUGGGCACCACUGGGCCUGGAAGCUGCUUGGGCUUCCACUUGAAUCCUGUGCUGGCCUCCACGCUGACCUUUCAUUAGAAAAUUAAAGCUCUUUGGCUCCCCUCGCUCUGGCUGCUUUAUUACCACUAAUAUUCCCCUGUCUGGGCCGUGAUUUACACUCCGCUCACCUGCCGCUCAAGUGCUCCCCCAGUCCCAGAGCCCCGUGACUUGCAACAGAGCAGCGAUUGUUUCCAUGGUGCCUGUGGAGGAGAGGCAUGGCACAUGGGAAGGAAUGCUUGGCCUCCCCAGCUGGGCCCUCACAAAAGUUUGCAGCUAGGCUGCCGGCCGGGGCUGCCCAAGACAAUCUGCUGCCUUGGCAAAAUAUCAGUAUGUGCCUCCAGCCACUGCUACCUUACAGCAGCGUGCACCUCCAUACACGGACUGCCCUGGAAGGGCCCUCCCUGGGAGCCAGCAGCCCUGCCCAGCCCCACCCAGCUCGAGGGAUCUAGCCCCAAGAGCACUAUGUGCCGGGACUCCCAGCGUGGGGUUCCAUCUGUCUCUGUCUCCCGCUUCCAUGCUUGCUGGGGGUGGUUUAAUUGUGCUGAUGGGAGAGCAGCUAGCGGGGAGGCCUGACAGUGGCAAAACAGUGCUGCUGCAAGGUUCGUAGCUCAGCCUCCGUGUUCAUCCAGGAAUCUGCCACACUAGCUUGCCUGCGUCUAGAGUGGCUUGAGGGAUAGCCCAGAGGGGAAAGUUGAUGACUCUCAGAGGGACUGAUGACAGAUCUUCCUCAGAAACAAACCUCUCAUAAAUAAGCACAACAACAUCACGAGUCGGGUGACAUCAGAAUUGUUUACCCCAACAUUACUGGUACUUUGCACCAUGCUGUUUGAAUAAAGUUGUCCUAAAGUUGGGGCCAAAGGCCUGGGAAGGUCGUAGCAGCCCGAGUAUGUAUGUGGAUGGUUGUGGAUAACCCUUGCAAUAGCAUUCACGCACCCCUGCAAAUUCUCUGCAUCCACUGGCAUUUCUGCUCACCGCUUGUGACUAAAUGAACGUGCUUGAUUGCACAGUAGGAGCCCAGCGAAUGCUUGGCUGCUCUUGGAUGCCAAGCUGUGUGUCCUGCUUCUCAACAACCUGCCGGGCAGGAGGGUGCAUUGCCUUGCCCUCUUGCAGCAGUCCUAAGGGAACAUGAAGCCCUUCUCCUGAGACACAUUGGACUCCUCUGAAAGAUAGUGGAGAGUAGGGAAGAUUGGUCACAUUGGCCCAAGGCAUCGAUACAGGUUCUAAUACUGGGCCAUGGAGGUGGAGGACUCACUAAGGGGAAUUCUGCCAUGAGAGUCUCCACCCUUUGCCUUCUCUCAGACGGCCUACGAGAGCAGCAAGACCUUCCCCUCCUCCUCCGCUGCCCUCCUGGGACUUGUGUGGACCUUCCUCACCGCUGGAGUCCUGCUGGCUCUUUUCUUUCUUGUCUUCACAAUUCACUUCAGGAAAAACAGGAUUGUGAAGAUGUCCAGCCCCAAUCUGAACAUUGUGACACUGCUGGGCAGUGGCUUGACUUACACCAGCGGUUACCUCUUCGGGGUUCCAGAGCCGGGUUUGUUGUCUGGAGCCUCAAUGGAAAUGCUCAUUGAGGUGAGACUCUGCUUGCUGUGUGUUGGGAGCUCCCUGGUCCUAGGGCCCAUCCUAGGGAAAAGCUGGCGGCUGUACAAAGUGUUCACGCAGCGGGGGCCGGAGAAGAGGGUGAUUAUCAAAGAUUUCCAGCUGCUGGUGAUGGUUGUGGUGCUGGCGCUGGUGGAUACCAUGCUGCUUGUAACAUGGAUUUUCUCUGAUCCAGUUCAGUGCUUCCGAAGCCUCAGCACAUCCUUGAGGGUGACGGACAAAGGCAUGACGUGUUCAGUGAGUAGGAUGCAGUUCUGCACAUCUCUCUACUCUGAACUCUGGCUCAUUCUCAUUCUAGGGUACAAGAGCAUCCUGUUGAUAUACGGGACAUACCUGGCUGGUCUGACAGAUAAUGUCAGCGCUCCACCAGUGAAUCAGUCCUUGAUCCUUAUUGUUGGGGUCAACCUCAUUUUCCUUGCUGCUGGGACAGUUUUUUUAGUUAACCGAUUUUUCUACACUUGGCACAACCUGGUCUUUGGUUUUACAUCUGGAGGCAUCUUCAUCUGUACAACCACUAUCAACUGCUUCAUCUUUGUUCCACAGCUCAGGCAGUGGAAAGCCUUUGAGGAGGAACAGAACCAAACCAUUAGCCACAUGGCAAAAUAUUUUACCAGUCCCAGCAAGAGCUUCCACUCCAUGUACAGUGAAGAGCAGAUCUGCCAGCUGAUAGGGGAGAAGAACUCCAUGCAACGGCUGCUUACUGAGAAAGAUGCUAUGAUCGAAAGCCUCCAGGAGCAAGUAAACAGUGCCAAGGAGAAGCUGAUGAGGCUGAUGUCUGCAGAGUGCAGCUAUGAUUUGAUGGAUCUCCCUGUUCUUUCCACAUCUAUCUCCAUCUUGCCUCAGAACACAGAUAACCUGGUUGAAUCGCAUGGCUGUGCUGUGGAAGCAGAAGAGCUGCAUAGAGACUGUUUUCCACAGGGUCAGGAGCAGAAUCCUUGGCAGUGUCUCAGUCUUCGAGAUACGCAACACAGUCCAGUAUCUCUUAGGAAACAAGAUUGUGUUAGUGUCAGUCAGGACCAUACACACCCAAACCACCCAAACACUCCAUCAGAAGAUCUCAGUUGCCAUUGGGCACCGCUUUGUAACAUUGUGGACAUCUCUCAAUACAGCUCUAAAGACGUCUCAGGGCAAUGGAGUCUUCCAAACAAACAAUGCACGGGCAGUCUGCCAGUGCCACAGAGCCAGAAUCUUUCAGGAGUUGAUGGAAGAGCAGAGGAACCAGACGACUCAGCAGCAACCAAGGAGCAGCUGCCAAAGAUCAACUAUGUGAGCAGUGAAAAGUUGCAGGAAAUCUUGCAGGAGCUGAGCAUUGGUGGCAUGGGUAGUGCCCAGGCAUCUCCCAGGAGGCCGAGGCAACCCAGCCACAAGGCAGAACAUGAAAAGAAUGCAGCAUGGAGAUCCUGGGGGAGUUACACAGGCACCUGCACAUACCUUAGUCCUUACAGGACAAGACGACGAAGACGACGAAUCCCAGUCCAUCCACCUUCCACCUACUUCCCUGCAUCCGGGACCCAACAAGCUUGGUGUCUCAUGAACAAGGCAGUCCUCAGGACAAAGAGCAGUCAGAGCACUUGGAGCCAUGAUGGAUUAACACAGUCAUCUCCGGUUAAAGCAGGUGACACCAAUGAUGGAAGGUUUCUCUGUCAGCCACCCCCCUCCUCAGUCACUGACAUGUGCAACUUCCAGCUGGAGAAUAGGAAGAAUUGGUCUGAGGGACAAAUCUGUGAAGGGAAUGGCCAUGUUUCAAGCAAACACCAAGACUCCUCCCAAGUGAAGAAGCACAAAGCUCUGCUGUGUCCCCACAGCUCCCUCAGCCUCCUGCAGCAGCAGCAGAGGGGUGCCAUGAGGGACCUGAAACAACCCUUUGUGCCUUCCCUGGGCUUUUAUGCAGACUCUGACUCCAGUAGCAGCUCUGAGGAAACGUUCAGCUGCUGCCACAGGCCUCGCUGUGAAAUCUGCGCUCACAGCCCCGGUGACUCCAGUGACAGCUGCACCACGGACACAGAUCCAGAGUCUGGCGGGUCCCUAGCCCAUUGGGCAAAGCUUUAUGGCAGGCCCCAGCCCAUCGUCAACUUCAAAGAUGAUUUGAAACCCACACUGGUGUAAAUGUAAAUGAAGGCAUCCAGUUCCAGAGGCAGCCCUCCCCUCAGGCACGCUGCUUUUUAAACCCUGUAGAAGGACUGCACCAUCUGAAGGAAGUGGGUUGCUCAAGGAGCUGGCAAUAGGAUAUAAAGGACCAAACUGACAAAGCUGUUUAAGUGCCUAACUCUUAGUGAAACCAAGGGAAGUUAGGUGCCCAAGUAUCUUUGUGAAUCUGGGCCAAAGCCUUUACCUGUCCAAGUUGAUAUUUCAAAUCCAGUCUAAGUUAGGAGUGACUGACUAUCACAACCAUCUGAUAUCUGAUUAGUGGCAUUAUUUCAAAUGAGUUGGUGAUUUAAAUUGUUACAUCAUCCCACAACACAUACAAACUCAUCACACUAAUUGGCCUUCUUGUCAGAUCAAGGAGGUCAGGGAUGAAUUGAUCAUGCAUACUUUUACCCCUCUCAUCCUACAGGGCUCCCUCUGGGUUGGGGAUGUUUGUACAGACAAGGGACAGUGUAUGGGGAAGACUUAAAUAGCUCUGACCCAUGCUCUCCCUGCUCUGUACAGCACAUAGCCAGAGACCUUCAGUCCCUCAGGGCUAUCAAUCUGGAACCUUUCACCAUCUUUGCAUUCAAUUAGAAAGUUUAAAAAAAAAAAAAAGAAAUGUGGAUUAUUUUCACCUUGGCAUUCAGCCUUAAUGAUCUAGUCUCUCAGCACAGCCAGAGUCUGGGGGUGGCAGAAAACACAAGACUUCCUAUUUUUGUUUUGCGGUCUCUGGGCAAGCUAAUGAAAUACAAGGCACACUUCUCCAGAUCUGACUUUGCAUUUCAUUCCAUUUAAAUACACUGCAGCGGGUAGAUAGUGGGAAGGAUAAAGCUGAAAAAGCUUAACGAGGUUGCAGAUUAUUUUUACAUGGAGUUGUGCCCUUUUGUGCUUUUCUUUGUGUUGGACACAAUAGACUAGAAAGGUUUGGAGUUCCUUAGUAUUUUAUGCUCAUUUUUACCUUAGAUAUCUUAGAUAUACUUUAGGCAUAUCAAAUCCAGUGUCCCUGCUUUUGCUGAAAGACCGGGGGGGACACAAUCUCAGGUCAUUAUUGUGAGCAGCCACAUUUUUACAUAAAAAGAGAGAAGUGCAGAAAUUGUGCUUGAGAGGAGGUCUGUGUUAGGCAUUAACAAAAAUCAAACCAUUUUAAUCAAGUAAAAAUCCCCUUUCCAUUGCUCUCGGGUGAUGUCAGAAUUCUACUAGUGCUCUCUAGCAAACAUAGAAUUUUCCGGGCUUCACAAGGCCUGGAUUUCUACAGUAAAAAAUCUCUCUCUCUUUUCUAGAAAAAUAUCCCCUACUGUCCACCCUGCUUUGUCCACAAUAAAGAAACAAUCAAGGACA